AGUCAGCUGACCUCGAAAGAAAAAGUUUUUCGUUGCGUACAUAAAUUUCAUUGUCUAAAUAGAUAAAAAUUUUCAUUUUUUAACUAAAAAAAUUAAUUAAGCAUAAGUUCAAGAAAAGAAAUAUUAUGUCGGGCAAAGAUAGAUUACCAAUAUUCCCAUCGCGAGGUGCUCAAAUGUUGAUGAAAUCCCGUUUAGCUGGAGCACAAAAGGGUCAUGGUUUACUUAAGAAAAAAGCGGACGCCCUACAAAUGCGUUUUCGUAUGAUUUUGGGUAAAAUCAUAGAGACUAAGACCUUGAUGGGCGAAGUAAUGAAAGAAGCUGCCUUCUCUUUGGCGGAAGCAAAGUUCACUACAGGCGAUUUUAAUCAGGUAGUCUUGCAAAAUGUGACUAAAGCUCAAAUAAAAAUACGCACAAAAAAGGAUAAUGUAGCCGGCGUGACAUUGCCCGUCUUUGAGUCUUAUCAAGAUGGCGCCGACACCUAUGAAUUGGCUGGCUUAGCCAGAGGUGGGCAACAGUUGGCCAAAUUAAAAAAGAAUUAUCAAAGUGCCGUUAAACUGCUAGUCGAGUUGGCUUCACUGCAAACCUCAUUCGUUACAUUGGAUGAGGUUAUAAAAAUAACCAACAGAAGAGUUAAUGCUAUAGAACACGUUAUUAUACCUCGUAUUGAUCGUACAUUGGCUUAUAUAAUAUCUGAGUUGGAUGAGUUGGAACGUGAAGAGUUCUAUCGUUUGAAAAAGAUUCAGGAUAAAAAGCGUCAGGCACGUGCCAAAGCUGAUGAACAUAAAGCUGAACUACUUAAGAAGGGAAUUGACGUACGCGAAACAGUUAACAUCUUGGAUGAGGGAGAUGACGAUGUACUCUUUUAAGUGUAAAAGUGUACAAGUCUUGAUGUGCAAUUGUUAAAUAAUACAUAAAAAAAAAA